GCUGGUCAGUGGAGGGAUGAAGCACUGAGAAAAACAGCACUGUAGUCUGUCACCAGUUAACACUUUAAAACUGUUUAGAAACUACUGAGGAAAGUUUGAUGGUGAUUUUUGGGGAAUUACAAGAGGAUUGUUCAGAGAUACAGGAUGAAAAUUUUCCUUUCAUUCUAAUGGAGCUGUGCCUUACAUGCUGUUUGAGUUUGUCUGCAAUCUGGGCGUUACCAUGACACUCAGCCCCAACAUUUAAUGAAACACUCAUUCAGAAGAAGCUUUCAACAAUGGACAACUGUUCUGUUUUACAUAUGCUCCUCACACUCUCCAUCAUGACUGGUCAGCUUGGGGGCAACCUGCAUGAGAUCAGGUCGAGUCAAACCUCUCACAGCUCUCAUCUGAGAGUAAGGAGAGGCUGGAUUUGGAGCCAGAUAUUUGUUGAAGAAGAAGAUCCGACACCGAGAAAGAUUGGUCAGCUGAAAUCAGACUACGACACAGGGGACUUUACUAUAAAGUACAUCCUGUCAGGUGAGGGAGCGGGUGAAAUCUUUAUCAUCGAUGAGUACACGGGUGACAUUCACACUCUUCAUUGUCUGGACCGUGAGCAGAAGCCGUUCUACAUACUACAGGCUCAGGCCAUCAACCGCAGGUCCAAACAGCCCGUAGAACCUGAAUCAGAGUUCAUUAUCAAAGUCCGGGACAUCAAUGACAACGCUCCAGAAUUCAUCAAUGAGCCCUACAUAUCAAGCAUCCCAGAGAUGUGUCCUACAGGAACCUCAGUCAUCCAGGUCACAGCCACAGAUGCAGACGAUCCCAUGUUUGGGAACAAUGCUAAACUCAUCUACUCCAUCCUGCAGGGGGAGCCAUACUUCUCAGUGGAGCCCAAAACAGGUAUAAUUGUGACAUCAUUGCCAAAUAUGGACAGAGAAUCCAGAGACCUGUAUCUGGUUGUGGUUCAGGUAAAAGAUAUGCUGGGACUAACAGGAGGCUACAGCACCACCACAACAGUUACCAUCAGCUUGACAGAUGUCAAUGACAAUGGACCUACCUUCCAACACAAUUUGUACACAUUUGCUAUAUCAGAGUCAGCUCCGGUGGGCACCACAGUGGGAAGAAUAAUGGCAGAUGACGGUGAUGUUGGUGUGAACGCAAAAAUGAUCUACAGCUUAGAGGACCUGGAGGGGAGCAGUACCUUUACCAUCCGGACAGACCCUGAUACUCAAGAGGGGAUUGUCAUACUGGCUCAGCCACUGGACUAUGAAAGCAAGAGACGGUUCGUCAUUGCUGUCGAGGCCAUCAACGAAAACAUAGACACCCGUUUCCUAAGUGCGUAUGAGUUUCGUGACAGGACAACGCUCAAAAUCACUGUGACUAAUGUGGAUGAACCGCCCGUCUUCACUGAAACACCAUACAGAUGGAAGGUUUUAGAAAACGCUCCUGUCGGCACUACAGUUGGUUCAGUCUACGCCAGAGACACUGACACCGCCAACAACCCCAUCAGAUACAGCAUUUCACAGUGCACUGACACCAGUCACAUGUUCAGAAUUGACUUCAGAAAUGGUACAGUGUAUGUGGCUGAGUCUUUGGAUCGAGAGACUGUGGCAUGGCACAAUCUGACCAUCAACGCCAGAGAGAUCAGUGAUGGUCAGUUGUUCUCUUCAGUGUCUGUGAUUAUCAUGGUUCUUGACAUCAACGACAACAUACCCACCCUAUCACAACACUAUCAGCCUUAUGUGUGUGAAGAUACACAGGCAGGAGAGCUCAUUGAGUUAAUCAGUGCCACUGAUGCAGAUGAUCCAGUAGACGGUCAUCAUUUCUACUUCUCCAUGGUACCAGACAAACACAUCAACCCGAACUUCACCAUCAGAGACAACCAAGAUAACACAGCAAGCAUUCUGGCACGUCGCAGCAGCUUUACCCGUCAUGAGCGUAGGCAGUAUUAUCUGCCUGUGGUGAUCCGAGACAGUGGUUCCCCAGUGCUGUCCGGCACCAGUACGCUCACCAUCAGCGUGUGUGCAUGUCAGCCCAGUGGUCACUGUCCGUCUGGUGGUGUGGAAGCCCAGGCGCUCACUCUGGAUAUCAGCAUGCAGACGGUGCUCGGCUUGUCUGUGUGCUUCAUCACACUUGCAGUGCUCUCUACACUAAUGCUAGCUGUGCGAAAAUACAGGACGUUACGACUGAAGAAACUAUUGACACACAAGCUUGAGACUGAGGAGUUCUCAGAGAAAACUAUGAGUUUUGCCAUCCCAGAGACAGAGUCCAAUAAAACGGUUUCUCUACGGCCUCAUCCACACCGUCGAGAGCACAGACUGCGCAGGGAGGAAGUGGCCGCCAGCAUCCGCAUGUCUCUGUGCCACUCUCACCUCAUUGGACCCGAGGACGAGGUUUUCCGACAGUUCAUUAUGGACCGGCUGGCCGAUGCAGAUGAAGACCUGUACGUGCCGCCCUUUGACUGGCUGCACACCUACUCAUUUGAGGGGACAGGGUCAGCUACAGGCUCACUCAGCUCACUGGAUUCUGUGACCUUUGACCCUUGUGUGAGUGAAACUCAUGAUGGGGGGCCGCAUUUCCUGCGACUGACGCCCUGGCAGAGCGGAGCAGAAGACGAAACCUCGUUUUGAUUUGAUGAACAAUAUCUCUAGACCAACAACAAAAAAGAGAAAUAUCUUCAGUUUGUCCAUUGAUUCUCCUCGCCAGCAAUAAGAUUAAAUGGAGAGACUCUUUUUUUCUUCUGAGAGAAAGAUCUCAGUAACCUCACAUGUGUCUCCUCUAGGGUAUCAGAAAAGCAAUGAUAGAACAAUUUUCAAACUGGAACUCAAUCUAUAAUCCAACGUCAAAGAAAUCAAUAUAAACUCAAACAUUUAUCAUCAAAUUCUUCCAAGUCUCUGAGUUACACCAUACACAUUACUUUUACAUCUCUAUACUCUUACUGUAUGUUGUACACUGGACACAUUUGUCCAAAGGGUUUGAAAUGUAGUUUUAGUCAGAGCUAUUUCUCUUCAUUUUCUGAUAAUAACAUCAUUUGUAACAUUUAUAUUUUCAGCGGUCAAAGUUUAUCACUUUAUAAUUGCAAAUAUGCCAUUUUUAAUGAACAGUUGCUAUUUUAACAUGCAGCAGCAUGUUAAUCAUUUGUUAUUUAGAGUGAUGCAGUACAUUUUGUAAUAUAAAUUAGCAAUGUAAUAAAUGGGUAUGUACUUGCAGCACAAUACAGACAUGCAGAGCAAAGCAUGUUGACUGUAUAGCAGUGGUUCUCAACUGACUUUGUAACCAGUAUCUAAUGUAGCCUGAGUUACAUUUUAUUUUAUCUUGCAUAAUUUUGUUAAUGUUUUUCAAAUUUUAAGGGCAUGUAUCAGGUAACAUUAACUACCCCUUUUACAGUAAAAGUUGAUGAGCCUAUUAUAUUUAUUAUCCAGUUUAUUUCUUAAAAAUCAAACAUCAUUCAAAAAGAACAGAUAUUACACAGGAGAAAAACAUUGUCCAUAAUUUGUCCAUAAGUCUCUGAGGUCCAGACAUUAAAGCCCUUUACUUGUUCUUACACUAUAUUUACAGUGCAAUGCCAUAUAAGCACAGGUUAGACCAUGGAUGGAUCCUCAUUACUGUGGUUAGGUCAAUGUAGCUAGUCUUUCUACAAAAAAAGUAAAAACGAAACAGGAGUAUUUGUUAUUUAAAAAAUAGCCUAAAAACAUUUAGAACUGCCACAGUUAUAAUAAAAUGAAGUCUUUUCAUGGAAAUGUAUGCAAAAAAGUUCCUACUCCCAGGAAGUUAUUACUGAAAUAAGUGUCAAGAGAAAUCUCCCUAGUCUCUGUGACAGCACUAGACUUUGUAAACAGCAAACAAAAAUGUGUCCAUGGGCUGCGGUCUCUGACGCUUUCUGCCUGUCAAUAUUUUUUUGCUCGUUCUUAUGGCAUUGCAGCAAAUUAUUGAGGCUUAUUGCCAUAUUCUGAUUUAUAAUUUGUCAGUUGAGGGCUCUAGGAUCGGAGUAGCCCAGCAGAAGGGACUUAAAAAGAAUCAAUACAGAAUUACACCAAGACGGCAUUCCAGGAAAUACCUCCUAAGCAUUAAGAAACCAGGAAUGCUGACUGGCGACAAGGAGUCUUAACUAACCCGCAUCUGGCUAAUGUUAACUGUCUCAAAAACAAAGAGAGUUAUGUGGAUGCACCAAGACCAUCACCCCUAAAGGGGCAGAGGUGAUGGUCAGCAUAAAACCUCACAUGAUUAUUGUCAUUGUUCAAGAUGAGAGAUUUUGGAAACUGUCUUACUGUCAUUGAAAGGAUCCUUUUGAACUCUUUUUGUAGGACAUCUCAUCUUAAAUCCAGGAACUUUGACACAAUCGCAAAACUAACUUUUCUUGGGUUUUAACAAUGCAUAUACAUGUAUUAUGAGCUAUAAUACUAUUCUUGUAAUUCUACACUUCGGAAUGCACAUAACCUAAAUUUAAUAUGCUAAGAUGCCUCACAUGAUGCCUGACUGUGGUUAGAAUCAUAGAAUGCAUUAUGUGGACAUUGUGCACACAAGAUGCUCAAUUAUACAAUAUAUAAUAAUGUAUAUUUAAAUGUUAAUGUGUAGUGAAGUAACCAUAAAUGGAAAAUAUGUCAUGUUUUAUAUGUAAAUGCUUGCCCAUUUAUGUAGAGAAUGUUGAUGUUACUUCUGGGGUCUGAGGGUGUUUGGGGCCCUGGGGAAGUUUUGACAUGCCUUGAUAUUUGUGCUUUUUUCAGUUGCUUAAAAACUGAUUAAUGGCUAAAGUCUGAUAUCACUGUAUUCAGCACAAACGGGGCUACAAUAAUAUGUGAGCAACAUAUAUGUACAUGUUUGUAUUUUUGAGAAAAUAACGUUUAUGCAUGGUUUUUGAAAAAACAAAAAUUUUAAGUCACUGAAAUAAGGCCAUAUAACACAUACUAAACAUUUGUUCACAAGACUUUUGAGAACUGGAUCUUGUAGCCUAGAGUUUUUGCUAUAAAAUGAUGUGAAAACCAUCCUGGUCACUCAUUCAUACAAAACAAUAUAGUCAUUUAACUUUUGUAAGACACUUUUGUGUUAGAAAGGCCAUAUGCGAGGAGGCAUGGAUGAUCAUGAAUAUUGAUGUGAUUCACACCUAAGGAGACAAAGACCCCACCCCUGAGAAAGAAUGAAUGUUUGUAGCUUAUUCACAAAAUCAAGUUUAAGUUAAAAGAAGUAAUCUGAAUAUACAUUUUCUUCACAUAAAGACUUUUCUUAAAAUA